UUUGGCAUGACUCCAAAUCGACCAUUGACUUUGGCUUUGGUUGCCGGAGAGCGAAGCCCGCCCCGCCCGUGCCCAUGACCGUCCAAGAGGCUAUCCUCGACUGCUAGCUCCCAGCCGUGGAUUAGAUCUCGUUCCCGACACCCGAACCCCUCCAUUCUCGUAUAAUCCCCCCGCCUGGGCAAAAUGUCGUCCUCGAAAGGGAGCAGCAAGCGCACCAAGUUCGCUGAGCUGCGGGCACUACGCCAGUCGGGCAAGAAGACGUUUGAUGCAUACGAAGUCGAAAAAGUCGACUCGCUAUACGAGGAAGUAGACGAGGAUAGCUACAAGAAGCUCGUUCGCGAGCGACUCAACCAGGAUGACUUUGUUGUCGAUGACAACGGCGAGGGGUACGCCGACGAUGGCCGCGAGGACUGGGACCGUGUUCCUGUCUAUGACGAUAGUGAAAGCGACGGGGCAGCACCCCGCAAGACCGGAAAGUCUGCAGUAGCAGCAGUAGCAGGGAAGCGCGCUCGAGAUGAGGACAGGGCCAAACGGGACGCAAACGACCGAGACAUAUCCGAAUACUUUUCCAAGGGCGCUCCGAAAGCGCAGCAAAAGCCAAAGGCCGUCAAGACGGAGGAUGACGACAAGUUCCUGGCAGACCUUCUUGGUGAGGUUGACAGCAACACUCGCCUCACCACCCACAAGAGCGCUGCCACGAAGCCAGCCGAGCGUCGCAAGGGCCGCCCUCUCUCCCCGGGCCCUAGCGCACGCCAGCCUCGACCCAAGAAGGCAAAGACGAGCGAUAGCCGGCGUGCCCUGCCGCCUCGCGCGACAGACAAUACAGCGCUUUCAGACGACGAGGGGUUCGUCCCAGCACCCUCAAGUCCCGGCAGUCCUGGGCCUGCCCCGCUCGCAUUUGACGACGAUGUGCUCAUGAGCGAUCCUGUCCCCUCGUCGCCGGCAUUCAAGGCGGCGGCGCGGAAAUCUCUGCACCAAGAAGGAGGCGAGAGUGGACACCGCACCCUAAUUAAGAAAGAGGUAGUGGAAGAGGACGACGAGGAUACAAUGGAGGUUUCCCAUGCCGGCGCCAUCGCCUCUUCCAGCGUUAAUCUAGCAGCGUCCAAGCCGGCAAAGAAAGCGCUCAAGCCGCCGGCUCCGGAACCGUCGAGGGUCGAGUCCAAGGUUGAAAAGGAUGUGAGCGCUACAGAGGAAUUGGAUUCUUCGUCCUGGACGCAGAUUACACAGGGUCUCAACGUUGUCAGCUCGCUGGCCGAGGGUGUUCCGGCCGGCAAGAUGGACGCGGCCGAUGCGGUCGAGGAGGAUGGGAGUCUUCGCAUGUUCUGGCUGGACUAUGCCGAAGUCAUGGGCAGCCUCUGCCUGUUCGGCAAGGUGCUCAACAAGAAGACCAAGCUAUACACCAGCUGUUUUGUAAAGGUGGACAACAUCCUCAGGAAGCUGUACUUCCUCCCGCGGCAGUUCAGGGUACGACAGGGAGAGGAGCAUGAGGACGAGUCUGUUGGGAUGCAGGACGUGUACGGCGAGGUGGACGGGCUCAUGACCAAGAUGGGCGUGGACAUGCACAAGAUCAAGGCAUGCUCGCGCAAGUAUGCGUUCGAGCUGCCCGACGUUCCGCGAGAGGGUCAGUACCUGAAGUGCCUAUACCCCUACACCAAGCGAGCGCUGGAUGGCGACCAGGCGGGCGAGACAUACUCGCACGUGUUUGGGACCAACACAUCGCUAUUUGAGCAGUUUGUGUUGUGGAAAAACAUCAUGGGCCCAUGCUGGCUCAAGAUCGAAGACGCCAACUUCAGCGCGGUGCGCAACGCGUCGCACUGUCGGCUCGAGGUGCUUGCGGAGCACCCGGCCAUGAUCUCGACGCUGAGCGAGGCUGAGGCACCGGACCCGCCACCGUUGACAGUGAUGAGCAUGGCGCUGCGCACAAAGUUCAACGCCAAGGAGAACAAGCAGGAGGUUCUGGCCAUCAGCGGGCGCGUGUACGAACAGGUCUCCCUCGCGGAAACUGCGCCGGCAGACAAGCUGGCGUGCCGAACCUUCACCGUCAUACGGCCGGCCGAUGGCCAGGCCUUCCCCGUAGGAUUCGAGGCGCUGGCCAAGGAUAGGCGGCGGCCCAAGGGUGUGGCGGCCAAGACGGCGCGGAACGAGCUGGACCUGCUUUCCUUCUUCCUGGCCCAGGUGGACAAGGCAGACCCAGACGUGGUGGUGGGCCACCAGCUCGAGGGUGCCGACUACAGCGUGCUGUUGAGCCGGCUGCAGGACAAGAAGGUGCACCAGUGGUCCCGUCUGGGGCGGCUGCGGCGGUCGCAGUGGCCGGCGUCGAUGGGGCGGACGGGCGGCAACGUGUUCGCAGAGCGGCAGGUCAUGGCGGGGCGGCUGCUCUGCGACCUCGCCAACGACAUGGGCAAGUCGGUCAUGCCAAAAUGCCAGUCGUGGGGCCUGACCGAGAUGUGCAGUCUGUAUCUGGCAGGGGCUGGCCAGCGGCGGCUCGACGUGGACAGCGAGGUGGCCCUUCGGACAUGGGCGGCAACGCGGGACGGGCUGGUGGACUAUCUGGCGCACAUGGAGGCCGACACAUACCUAAUGGCGGCGCUGGCGCUGCGCACACAGAUCCUGCCUCUGACAAAGGUGUUGACCAACUUGGCGGGCAACUCGUGGGCGCGCACACUCACGGGCACCCGAGCGGAGCGCAACGAGUACAUUCUGCUGCACGAGUUCCAUCGCAGCAAGUACGUUUGCCCAGACAAGCCUGUGUUCCGCGGGCGCGAGGCCCGGGUGGUCAAGGAGGAAGACGAGGACGAGGCCAAGGCUGGCGGCGGCAAGAAGAAGGAUAAGUACAAGGGAGGUCUCGUGUUCGAGCCUGAAAAGGGGUUGUACGACAAGUUUGUGCUCGUCAUGGACUUCAACUCGCUGUACCCGUCCAUCAUCCAGGAGUUCAACAUCUGCUUCACCACGGUGGACAGGUCGUCGCUGACGGCCAAGGACGAGGACGAGGUGCCCGAGGUGCCAUCGGCUAAGCUGGAGCAGGGCAUUCUGCCACGCCUGAUCGCCACGCUGGUCAGCCGGCGGCGACAGGUCAAGGCGCUGAUGAAGGACAAGACGGCAACGGCGGAGGAGUUGGCGACGUGGGACGUCAAGCAGCAGGCGCUCAAGCUGACGGCCAACUCGAUGUACGGGUGUCUGGGUUUCGACAAGUCGCGCUUCUACGCGCGGCCGCUGGCCGUACUCACGACGUACAAGGGCCGUGAGAUCUUGCGCAGCACCAAGGAGCUGGCCGAGAGCAACGCGCUGCAGGUAAUCUACGGCGACACCGACUCGGUCAUGAUCAACGCCAACGUCGACAGCUAUGCGGCCGCGCGCCGUGUCGGCAUCGACUUCAAGCGCGCCGUCAACGAGCGCUACCGCCUGCUGGAGAUCGACAUCGACAACGUGUUCCGCCGCAUCCUGCUGCAAGCCAAGAAGAAGUACGCCGCAGUCAACCUGAUCGAGGUCGACGGCCGUCUGGUCGAGAAGAUGGAGGUCAAGGGCCUGGACAUGCGCCGCCGCGAGUACUGCGCCCUGUCCAAGGAAGUCUCGGCCCAUAUCUUGAGUGAGAUUUUGUCUGGCGACGAGACCGAGGCAUCGGUUGCCCGAAUCCACGAGUACCUCCGCGACAUGGCCGCCCGCAUGCGCGCCGCUACGGUGCCGCCGCAGAAAUAUGUCGUCUACACGCAGCUAGGCAAGGCGCCGCGCGAGUACCCCAAUGCCGACUCGAUGCCUCAGGUCCAGGUUGCCCUGCGUGACCUUGCUCAAGGCAAGACGGUGCGCAAGGGCGACGUUAUAUCGUACAUCGUCACCACCGGGUCCGAACCCGUGGCCAAGCGCGCCUACACCCCAACUGACGUGUUGAAGGCCGACUCGGGCCUGACCCCAGACGUCGACUGGUACAUGGCCAAGCAGAUCUUCCCUCCCGUCGAGCGUUUGUGUGCCAACAUCGUCGGCACCUCGACCGCCCAACUCGCCGAGAACAUGGGCCUGGAUCCACGCCGCUAUGCUGCUGGCCCCUCGCCCGCUGGCCAGGCCACAGGUGGCGCCGACGGCCUUGACAUUCACCCGCUCGAGUCGCAGCUGCCCGACGAGGUCCGCUUUGCCAACUGCGCCCGCCUACAGCUCCGGUGCCGCGCCUGCAAGCUCGUCUCGACUUUUGAAGGCAUUGGUGCGGCCGAUAACGAACAGAAACAGCAACAGGAUAAACAGCAGCCCGAGUCCGACAUGGCCAGCAACAGUAGCAGUACGAUCAAGGUCACGGCCUCGGGCAUGGCCUGUGGGUUGUGUGACGCCAAGCUGUCACCCAUCUCGGUGGUGGCGCAGGUCGAGCACGCGGUGAGAUCGGCGACGGCGCGCUACUACGAGGGCUGGCUGGUGUGCGACGACACCUCGUGCGGCGCGCGCACCUGCCAGGUGAGCGUCUACGGCACCCGCUGCCUGGGCCCCAAGGGCCUGGCGCUCGACUGCCAGGGCCGCAUGCGCUACGAGUUCAGCGAGCGCGACAUCUACAACCAGCUCGUCUACCUGGCCAGCCUCUUCGACGUCGACAGGGCCCGCGCCCGCGCCGACGCCGCGUCCGCCAGCGAGCCCACAAGGGAGAACCUGCGCGUGCUCGCCGAGCUCAACCGCGCCCGCUUCGCCACCGUCAAGGCCGUUGUGGACCGCUACCUGGACAAGUGUGGCCGCCAGUGGGUUGCCAUGGAUACCCUAUUUGCCAAGCUUGGCUUUACCGCCGUAGCAUGAUUGCCACUAGCCUUGGAACCCUUUGUACUUGUUUCUUCUUUGCUGUUCGAGCCUUUUUUUCUAUUUUUUUUUUCUACUUUUUUU